AUGUUUGAAGAAAUAUGGACCGAUGACUCCACCAGCUCACAAACCAAAUUCUUCCUCGUCGCUUUUGCCGCCAUCCUGGCUUGCGCCAGUGCUGAUGUCUCUGAGUUGGGCUACAGCUACCAAGAACCCGCACCCGUGUCAUUCAAUGUCCCAGCACCAGCCCCUGCACCAGUUGCCCAACCUGAUCGCACCUAUGUGCCACCAGCACCAGCACCAGCUCCAGUUCAUGUACCAGCUCCAGCUCCAGUACAUGUCCCAGCUCCAGCUCCAGUCCAUAUCCCAGCUCCAGCUCCAGUUCAUUUCCAUGCCCCAGCUCCAGCUCCAGCUCCAGUACAUGUCCCAGCCCCAGCUCCAGCUCCAGUGCAAGUCCCAGCUCAAGUUUACCUCCCAGCUCCAGCACCAGCCUCAGUCCCAGCCCCUGCCCCAGCUCCAGUUCACGUUCCAGCCCCAGCUCCAGUGCAAUUCCAUGCCCCAGCUCCAGCUCCAGUACAUGUCCCAGCCCCAGCUCCAGCUCCCGCUCCAGUUCAUGUUCCAUCUCCAGUAUACAUUCCAGCUCCAGCUCCUGCUCCAGCUCCAGCACCAGUGCAAUAUGUUGCCCCUGCCCCAAUUGCUCCCACUGAGCAAAUCGAACAUCACGCCGAAGAUGGUUACCGUUACAAGACUGUCCGCCGUCGCGUUUACAGACGCCGUUAUUAA